AUGAGGCGUAUUGCCUCCUUCGUGAGGGCGCCUCGGCUCCCUGAGUGCGUUCGCCAGUUGCGAUGGAGCUCGAACGGAUGGCAAGUUAGUUCCGGCGGAAGGGUGCAGAGUGCCACUGGUGUGAUCAGCUUUGGCAGUCUGCAGGCCGCGGGCUAUCGCAGCGUGAGCAUCGACAAUCAAAAAUAUCUUGUGCAUCGCCUGGUGGCAGCCGCAUUCCUAGACCCGCCACUAGACUCAAGCUGUUGGCAGGUGAAUCACCUGGAUGGAGACCGGGGUAACAAUCAAGUAGCCAAUCUCCAGUAUGUUACUUGCUCUGAGAAUCAAAGACAUUCCUUUGCUACCAACAUGAGUCGGAAUCGGAAAGGUGUCAGCAAGGCUGUCCUGUGGCGGCGUUGUGGUGAAAUGUCGUGGACGCGUUGUGCAUCACAACUUGAAGCUGAGCAGCUGCUUGGGGUUCCGCGAAGCUCGGUGUCAAGGUGCUGUCGGGGAAGUCUGACCAAGACACGCGGAAAUGGGGUUUGGUAUGAGUUUAAGGAGAUACCCCAUCAAGAUCCAGAGCUCCCGGCAAGAACAGGCAAAGCUUCAGACGAAUGGUGGAGUGCUGCAAGGCAUCCGUGCGAGUGUGAUGCUAUCCCCAACCUGAUGGUGAGCAAUCAUGGCCGUGUUUCGCCAGUGUUCCCUGGCAAAGGCUACAUCAGCCGUGGAACAAGAAUGAACGAUGGCUACUACUCAGUCACCAGAAGGCGUCGGACACUUCUGGUGCAUCGUUUGGUUGCGGCGACGUUCAUUGGCCGGCCAAUCUCGCCAGACAUGGAGGUAAACCACAAAGAUUCUGACCGUGGAAACAAUCACGUGGACAACUUGGAGUAUGUCACGAGGUCACAGAACAGGCAGCACGCUGUUUUGCAAAGGGCUAAGGCAGGCAGGAUCAUAACAUGUAAUGGCAAGGCUGUACAGGCGCGAGCGAAAGGCUGCGAAGGCCCAUGCCUUGACUUCAGCUCGAUGAAGAUGGCCGCUUUGUACACGCAUGUUCCUGCGAAGCAAAUCUCUCGCAGCUGCAAAGGUCUUGCGUCAGGAAUGUCAGAUGGGUCCCACUGGGAAUUCAGGUUCGCAUUGCAGGAGACAUUGCCGGGCGAAGAGUGGCGUCCAGUUGUGCUGGAGGGAGUCCGGGCAUGCCGGCAUUGA